AUGACAUUUGGAUCAAAGUGUAGCUUUUCCCUGGCAGUGAAGAGGCUGGGGCUGAGCUCCCUCCUGCUGUCCCGCAGGUCCGUGCUGGGCCGCAGAGCCGGCCUCUCUGCGCUCUCCAUCCUGGUGGCCCUGCUGAUCGCCGGCCAGGCCGUCACCGUCUACUUCGUCUACCAGCAGAGCGGGCAGAUCAGCAAGCUCACCAAGACUUCCCAGACCCUGCAGCUGGAGGCACUGCAGAGGAAGAUGCCUGCCAGUGCCAAGCCAGUGAACAAAAUGAAGAUGGCCAUGGUGAACACCCCCCUGGCCAUGAGGGUCCUGCCUCUUGCCCCAUCUGUAGCUGACAUGGACAUGGCCCCUGCUAGCAACAAAACUGAGGACCAAGUGAAGCACCUGCUGCUGCAAGCAGACCCCGGGAAGAUGUUCCCAGAGCUGAAGGACAACCUGAUGGACAACCUGAAGAGCCUGAAGAAGACCAUGACUGGUGCAGACUGGAAGGCCUUUGAAUCCUGGAUGCACAAGUGGCUGCUGUUUGAGAUGGCCAAGAACCCCAAGGUGGAGGAGAACAAGGCGAUCCCAGCAGAGAAAGUGCAGACUAAGUGCCAGGCUGAGGCCAAUUCCAGGGGGGUCCAUCCCGGCCGCUUCCGCCCCCAGUGCGAUGAGAACGGCGACUACAUGCCCAAGCAGUGCAAUCCUUCCACUGGCUACUGCUGGUGCUCCUACAAAAAUGGCACCAAGAUUGAGGGCACUGCCACUCGGGAAAAGCUGGAAUGCCCUGAUGUCACCGCUGCUUCUGCCACCACUGCGGAGCCGGAGGAGAUGAUCUUCUCUGGGGUAGACAUGCUCAAGCUGGGUGCAGAGAAAGUUCGGUUCCUGUGCAACAACUGA